UAACCGCUACCUGCACCUGCCUGCCUUGUUAACGCAAAAGAAGAAAAGCCAUUGAUAUUAUCCUUUUCAGAGUAGGCAAUGACCUUACUAUCUGGCUCCAUCACUCUCACUCCUUUCCCCUCUUUCCUCUCUCCAAAAUCCACCUCCCCAAGAACCCUAAUCUACUGCAACAAUGAUGAUAAAAGCAAAGUGCCGCGGAGAAAGCCUAUGAAUAGCCCAAGAAGGAAACCUUCUUAUGGCGCUUCCAGGCGUUCUGUUCUCAAGAAAAGCUUCACUCAGGAACAGGUCAACUUCACGGUUCCAAUUUCGACCGACCCGGUGGUUGGAAUUAUUGGCGGUGGUAUGUCUGGCGUUCUCUGUGCUCUCUAUCUCCAGAAGAGAGGCAUUAAGUCCACUGUUUUUGACACGGGAAUUCAUGGGUUAGGAGGAAGAAUGGGAACCAGAAUUGUUGGUCCUGAAGCCUUAACAUUUGAUCACGCUGCCCAGUUCUUCACAGUCAGUGAUCCUAACUUUGCUGAAAUGGUUGACCUGUGGUCUAAGAAUGGUCUUGUUCGUCAAUGGGAUGGUGCAAUUGGAGAGCUUCAGUCUGGAGGGAAUUUCAAUCCACUUCCUCCUUCACCUCCAAGAUAUAUUGGUGUUAAUGGGAUGCGACCUCUUGCUGAAUCCAUAAUUUCUGAGACAUCUAUGAUGAAUGUGGUGCGUCCUUGCUGGGUUAGUAAAAUGGAGCCUUAUAAUGGAAAAUGGUACUUGAGUGAAAAUGGGAAGCCUUGCGGACACUUUGAUGUAAUUGUAAUUGCACAUAAUGGAAAAUGUGCAAAUCGAUUGCUUGCUUCAUCUGGGUUACCACUAAUUGCUAGGCAAAUGAAGAGACUUGAUUUGAGUUCUAUAUGGGCCCUUCUGGCAGCAUUUGAGGAUCCUCUUCCUGUCCCUUCCACUGCAUCAGGAAUCCCUCUUGAAGGAGCCUUUGUUGAAGGAAUUGAUUCUCUCUCAUGGAUGGCAAAUAAUACAACUAAACUUUUUGGCUCCCAAACUAGUAGGCCUCACUGUUGGACCUUUUUCAGCACAGCAGCUUUCGGAAAGCAGAAUAAAGUUCCUCAGGAAAGUAUUCCUUCCAGUACAGCUGAAAAGGUUAAGAAAGCCAUGCUUGAAGGUGUCCAGCUUGCCUUAGGACUGCCCGAAAACUCACUUAAAAGUCCUUUCUACAGCCGACUGCAAUUAUGGGGUGCAGCGCUUCCCACGAAUUCACCGGGCAUUCCAUGCAUCUUUGAUCCUCGUGGAAGAGCAGGCAUAUGUGGUGAUUGGCUAUUGGGGUCAAGCUUAGAAGCUGCAGCAUUAAGUGGCAUGGCUCUUGCUAAUCAUAUUGCUGACUACUGCCAAAGUGGUGGAACAAGCCCAGAUGAGUUUGCUUUAGGUUUGCACGACGAAUUUCAACCUCUCAAAGGACAUGAUAUAGGGCAGUUUCCUGGAUUGAGUUCUGAGAAACAAAUAAACAAGGCCAAUGAAUUGCAACUUACAACAUAAAAAUCUGCAUCUACCAACGAAGAAUCAUUUGGAAAUAUACUUGAGGACAAAAGUGGUUUGCAACAGUGACAUCAGAGGACCAUCUCCCCUCCCAAGGAACAUGUUUACAAGGUGCGCCGUUUUCUUCACUUGUGACCAUACAUUCUUUAAAGGGUUUAUCACAUUGUGUCUCCAACAUUCAAGCGUUUUCGAAAGAAUUUUCCCCAAUUUAAGUUUCCUUUUCAAAACCCCCCAACGUUGCUGCAAUUUUUUCCCACUUGACAUAAACUAGCGACAUAACGAUGAGAGCUCGCCAAAUGCAUAAGUCGACGAUAGUUUAAUUGAGGUGAUUUAUUUUUUGGGUAAUAUGUUUUGUGGCCCAACUGUCAAUUUUUUUUUCUCAAAUAUCCCCAGCAAAGGGGACAUAAAAAGCAAGCUUUUCCCAAAGCUUGGAGUUGUUUAGAAGGGAACACUUGAAAGUUGGGAACACAAAACAUAAUUAACCCAUUAAUUUAUAAUAUGAAUAUGGUGAGCCAACAAUACUCAUUGUUCCGUUGAUUUAUGUAAAGAGGCACAUAAAUCAAACUUUACGCAAAUUGGCAACGUAAAACAUGAUAAUCCUUCUUGAUAUAAUCUAUUGCAAUAAUUAAGAGGUCAUCAUCCUGGUGCUUUUGCAACCACAGGCAGUGAAAUAUAUUCCAACUGUUAUUGUGUCUGAAAAGAGUAAUUACAUAAAUUUGUGCAGACAUUUUGAGGGCAGGUUGAAAGAGAGCGGUAUUUGAAGUGGAGUAGUGAAAUACUGAUGGUGUAAAUGAGAUUAUAUAUACCAUUAUCAUUGUUGAUGGCCUUUGUGUGCAAUUUUUCAUAUCUCUGUAAUUUUGUUAUAAUUUUUUUCUGGUUUAAUACUUUAGUCUCUAUAGGAAUGAGUCUCCAACUGGAUGGAAUUUUUUGUCCUAGAGUUUGGUGUACCACCAUUUUAUUAGUUUCACUAUUUAUUUCUCCCUUCA